GUUCGAUGUGAUUCGACUAUGCUUGAAAAUAGAAAGAAAAUGACUUCAUUCAAGAUAUUUCUAAUUAUUUUCACACAAAUAUUUUUUGUCCCUUGAUUCUUCUAGUAUUUGUUAGAUUUUAGACUUCGCAAUAGUUGAGAUAGAAUUAAAGUUGCUGAGAUAGAAUAAAACUUUACUGUGGCAUAAUGUGCAGGCCAGCCCACUCCUAACCUCCUAACCUCAAACUAAUAUCCUAGACCAAGCCUGUCUAACCGUUAGUAGCAAAAGAGCCAUUGGCCGCAUUCAGCGCACAGAACAGCUGUGGAUUUAUGCGCUAAAUAAUCUGUUUUCCGGAGCGCUCCCACAACAUGUUACGGUAGUGGACGCCAUUUUUUCCAGCAAAAAUUUUUACGCUAUAUCGGCACAACUGUUACGAGAUGUCUUAUAUCGUUUAUUGUUAUGGUUAUGUACGGAAUUGAUCGCAAUGGCCUUUUAUGAAAUGGAAUACAUAUAUAACGGAUUAAAUUAUAAUAUUGUAGAUUCAUUGGAAGUACAUGAGAAAUUGAAGAAUGAUGAUGCUUUCUUCCAAGCAUAUAUGAAAAACAACUUAAAUUCUUUGGAAGUUGCUGGUUCUAAUAAUGACACUUUUACAGAAAAUUGUAGUGGACACAUCGCAAACAAUAUACUUGAUUCAGAAGAAAGCAAUAAACAACAAUGGACAGUAAAACUUCUACAAAAUUAUUAUUGGAAUUGUACAAGGAGAGAAAAGAAAAAUUCCGUGAUUCCAAAAUCAAGAAAAGAAACCUGUGGACACAGAUUGUAAAAGAAAUGGAUAAAAAUGGUUAUAAGUCUUUGACUGAAGAUAUAUUGGACCGAAAGUUACGCAAUUUAAAAAAGACUUUCAGAACAAUAAAGGACAAUAACCGAAAAAAUUCAACGGGACGAGGACAUAUAACAUGGGAAUAUUAUGAUAUUUUUGAAGAAAUAUUCCUUGAUGACCAGACAAUAAAUUUUGGACCGACAAUUUCUUCUAUGGAUUGUGCUGUAACACAAUGUUCAUCAUCUGCUACGUCAACAAUUUUAUCUCCUGAAGUAUCCACUACAUCUUCAACAAGAUUAAUUGUUUCUCAUGAACAACCAAGACUGUCAACUCGUUUAUCACCUGUAAGGACGCUAUCUCCUGCAUUGAUAAGAUAUGUGUGUCAUCACCAUCAAGAACACCCAUACCCGUAUUGAUGAGCACUUUAACAUAUUCUUCACAUUUCUUCGAUUCAACGUUCAUUGGGGAUUCGUUUAUCAAAGAAAAUAUUAUAAAUUCUUUUUACUCAUCUUCUUCUUCUUCUUCUUCUUCUUCUUCUUCUUCUUCUUCUUCUAGUGUAACAGCAGAACAUUCUUUGAGCGAAACUGAAAGUUCUUCCUCUGUUCUUCCAAAUUCUCCCGAAUAUAUUAAUUAUUAAGUCAACGACGAAAAAAAAUACUUCAAAAAAACAUAUGAUUUGCGAAAGCAAUUACUUGCGGUAGAAAAUGAGCGAGUUCAAAUGAUAGCCGAAUUGAAAAAAAGCAUCGACAACAAUAACAAAAUUCAGCAAGAGAGGA